UAUGCGGGAGGGUUGGCAGGGGAGGAAGGGACCCAGACUGCCCCGCGCGCUCGCCUUCUCUACCGUGGUGGGACGACGCGGCCGUAUCCACCAUGAAGCUCAACAAGCUGAAAACGUCGUCUCGGCGUAAGAACAGAGAUCGCUACUUCAAUGCACCUUCUCACAUUCGGCGGAGGUUCAUGUCUUCACCUCUAUCUAAAGAACUACGUCAAAAGUACAAUGUUCGAUCAAUCCCUAUUCGCAAGGAUGAUGAAGUACAGGUAGUUCGUGGACACUACAAAGGCCAACAAGUAGGCAAGGUUGUCAGUGUUUAUCGUAAGAAGUACUGCAUCUACAUAGAGAGAAUCCAGAGAGAAAAAGCUAAUGGUGCCUCUGUGUAUGUGGGCAUUCACCCCUCUAAGGUGUGUGUGGUGAAGCUGAAAAUGGACAAGGACCGCAAGAAAAUCAUUGAGAGGAGAGCAGCUGGCCGUGCUGCGAGACAAGGCAAAGAUAAAGAGAAGUUCACUGCUAUGGAUACCUCUGCUUAAAUAAAGUCUCUUUAAUUAA